UAGGUUUAAUGUUACAAAGUUGUAGGUGGUUUCUUUAAUAUAAUAUUAUCGGUCUCGUAUUUUACCAACGCUUGUAACUUGUUACCCUGCAAAAGAACUGUAAAUAACCUUUUGACGUAUUACUCUAUGAUUAAACCCGCCAAAAGUGUUCUCGCGCUAAAAUCGCUGUGUUGCUUGACAUUUGAAGGUAACGUUUCUUUGACAAGGUUUCUCCAGCAUUGUCUGAGGAUGUCUCAAGAGAGUUGUAUAAUCAAACAUGAGAUGGACUUUCAUGCAGAAACUGCCAAGCAUGUUCCUGAAGACAAGAUUGGAGAGGAGGGUUUUGAAUAUCAGCUGUUGUUAUCUUAUGCCCCACAUGAAUUGGAUCAGAGUGAUUUGGCUGUUCAAGUUAUACAAUUUAAAGCCAGUCUUCUUGAAGCAAUGGAAGAGCUACGUUUUCAUAGGCAAGCUGAAAUGGAUUUUGAAGAGCGAAUCAGUCAACUUUUGUUGGAGAAGCAAGAACUGGAAUGGCAAAAGGAAUCCUUCCAACAUCAAACUGACAUGUUACUAAACCAAAAUACUGAAUCUGUAACUGCUCUUAAGAAGAAGUUUCAGGCAAGAAUCAAGGGGCUGGAAGAAGAGAAGGGAAAAUACCAGGUAACUGUUGAACUGAAGGACAAGGAGAUCAGAACUCUUAAGGAAGAGCUUAAAUUGUUGAAGUUGUCCAAGUGCAGUUUGCAGAAGACAUUAAGUGAACUGGAGCAGAAGUUGUACUUGCAAAUGCAAACUAAAGACAGUCAGCUAAGGCAGCUAAAAGAGGUGGAGAGGCGCUUGGAAGUUGUGACUCAUCAAUGUGCCACAGUGAAAGAGGCCCACAGGAAACUUGAACAAAGCGUUGGAGAAACUGUGAAGCUUAAUAACAACCUAUCAGCUCUGAAUUACAAACAUGAAGCAACUAUUAAGUGCUUAAAACAGGACAUGGAAAAACUAAACUGUGAAUUUGUUAAGUUUAAAGUCAUGUCGGUGUGUAAAUCUGGAGAAGAGAGAAGUUCAGUUAAAGACCAGAAACAAUGGCUGCACAAGCUACAUUUGCAAGCAGAGAUGAAUAAAAAACUCUCUGAGGAAGUUUCUGCUGUAAGGGCUGAAAAACAGGAGGUGAUGAAGUUGUUCCAACAAGCCCAGCGGCUGUUGCAGAUGCAGACUGAGGCCGUCAGCAGAUUGGAGCUAGAGUUGAUCAGGCAAAGGGAGGACUAUCAGACUCUUAAGAGAGAACAUGAACUGCUUCAAGCGAGGACUAGAGAGAAGAAUGAUAGAUUUGCAAGCCUGAGGGGAGAAUAUAAAAGCUCCAAAACAAAGCAGGAAGAGGACAGUAUCCAAGACUACAUAUCUGAUCAAAAGGACACAUCUGAUGACAGCAGCUGUGAAACAAAGAAUAAAGAGAGUGAAUGUGAGCUUUCGCAAAAUGGCAAGGAGCUGGUCCAACAGUACUGUCCAGCAAGCACUAAAGAAGGUCCAUCAGAUGACAAUGAUGAAGGCAGGAAUCCUGGUCCCACCAGGCUCAAGGAGACAGUGAGCGAUAGGCUUCCACAGGCAGACUACCGUGUAGUUAUCCAAGCACAGGACACCACUGUUUACACUUCUGGACAUGCAGACAUCGAGGGGACCGGAAGGGGCUGCUGUGACGCUGACCUUGCCUGCGCAGCUCUCCAGCCGCCAGAAUGUCCCGCUCGUUUGGCACGGUUCCCUGCCAAAGGGCCUCUGUCUGCACAUACUGCUGAUGCAUUGGGUGUCGGUGGAGGCAGUACAGGUCAGCAGGCUCCAGACUCUCAAAACCUGCAGCUCUGCAUGGGUAAAAGUCAUCCAGGGCACAGUAUAUUUAAUGAGAACUGUGUUUCCAGCAGCUUCCCAUGUCAUGAAGGUGACUCUAUUAGCAAGUUGUCUGACUGCAGCACUCCAGUUGCAGGUGAUGGAGAACAAAUAAAGGAAGGCGGGAGGCAGGAGCAAACCAAGUGCAUCCCAGUCAAGAGAGAAGAGCUCACCAUUAUACACAGUGACAUCAACCAGAAAAGAACCUGGGCUCUAGGUUUUGGCACGGUUGAGGCUGCUGGUAUUAAGAGAUAUCCAAAUGAAAACCUAGGGGAAUCUCUUAACUCCUCAGAUUCAUGCCGACCUUCAGAUUUAAGUGGAGAAUAUUAUCAUGGAGCUAUUUCAGAAGAAAAUAACACCAUCUCUGACAACCAUGCUACUGUGACUGCAGACUCCCAUAUCAAUCCUGAAGAGUCACAGACAAAGCUAUCUGACAAAAGCACACAUCCGCAAAUGGGGGUGAAACAUGCUUAUGGCAUAACAGAAGCUGGAGGAAGUUCAGACAACUCACUGACUUCAAUACCUGAAAAACACACUUCACUAAACAUCAUGGCAGAAAAUAGGCAUCAGUAUGCAUCAUUAUCAAAUGACACAGAUAUUACUUCAGGUAACACUGAAAGCAAGGAUGGCGCACCACUCUGUGAAACUGAAAUUACUACUAUUUUAUCAGAGCCUCUCAAACAUGACAUAAAGCACAAUUCUGCUGAAAGUGACUGUUCAUUUUUUCCAAGAAACAAAAGGUUUAGGUCAUCAUUCGAUUUAGGAGUACCAGAGAAAUGGAAAUGGACGCAACUUGUGAGAAAUUCCUUUGGUUCCAUGAUGCCGCUACAAGGGAUUCAGAGCAAUCAGGAGAUAAAUAUUUCCUCAGCACCAGUGGCAGCUUCUCUUUCACCAGAAAAAAUAGGAUUCCUUUUAAGAUGCCAGGGUGUUCCUUCACCUCAAGCAAUAUCUGAGCCUGUACUUCAAGAUAAACUGAACAAGAAAGGUAAUUACUACUUACAUGAAGAGGAUACAAAUGGAAAUGGAAGAUAAUGUCUUUUGUUACAAUGCUUUAUCUGUUCUCUGAGAAGGCAAAGUCCAACAUCCUUGGUUUAAAUGGGGAAAUUUAGGUGUUGGUGUAUUCAAAUCUCAAGUUCUUUGAUCAUUAAAAGAUUGCUUUUAAGCAUAACACUUAUGAAGCAAGAUCAAGUUUUGUAAUGAACUUUAAAUCCCUCAUUGAACUGGGGAGCAAGAACUGGUAUUUUGACGAGUGCAGAUCAAAGCCCAGCUCUUCACAUUUUACUGCUGCAUGUACAUUAUACAUUUAGACAAGUAUUUCUGUAGGUUUAAGGUAAAUUUCAUCCUCUCUGGCUUCAGUUUUUAAUAUGGGGUUAAAAUAUAGAGAAUAGCGAGAACAGGCUUCCUACAGUGCAAAAACAAGCAUUAAUACCAUUCCUGCUUGGCCAGGUAGAAUAAGUGCAUUUAGCUACCAUUUCCUCUUUGUCAUUCUGAUUCUCCUACAAUUAAAAGGACUGCUGACAUGUUGAAUGCUUCCAGGAUCCACCCUCAUCACAAGAGAGAUAUGCAAGGGGACUGGAAUGUAAUCACACAGGCGUUUUGUGAAAUCUCAGCAGAGCAUGUAAGUUGACCAAAGGUAUUACAGCAGAGGAUGAAGUGAAUUAAUUCCUAAGAUAUGUGUAGUUCUGAAUAGGUCUGGGCCUUUCAGUUUCCAAAAAUAUUUCUCUGAUGCAAGAUGGCAGUAUUUUAAAGCUGAUGAGGAACAGCAGGAUAGUCACAUAAUAUAAAUCAAAUAGAUGCAAGCCAGCAUUUAGGGACCAUGAAGGAAGGGAAGGGCAACUUGUUGAUCGUGCUGAAAGCGUAACUGCCAAGCAGAACAUUUUAAAGCGUUGAUUAAAUUCUUCCUCUUAACAGCCGUUGCCAAAAAAUGCUUAAAAUGAAAACACACUGGGAUAUCUGUGUUUUUGGAACAAUUUAAAUAAGCCAUGAGUAGCACCAGUUGGAGUAAUUUCCCAAAAAUACUUGGCAUCUUGUACUUUUAAGAGACAGGAAAGACUUACUUUUAAACACUUAAAAAAACUCACUUGGAAGCUUCAUAAAGACACCUCUGGAUGCAUUGCUCUGAGAUGAAGCUUGCUGACGAUGGAUCACCUGUGGGGACUAGCUAGCCUAUAACCCUCAUUACUGCACUGGGCCCGGACUCUCUCAUAUCCCACCACACUCUGUCGCUUUGUGCUUUAUUAGAGCCAGAUGCUUCAAAUUGCAAGAGCAAUGGGAGAAUUUUCUGUGGAUGAGAAGACAGCCUUUGGCCAUUUCCUCUGACUGUUUUGGCACGGUAGAAGCUGCUGGUAUUAAGGUUAAAAGAGAAACUAAACUCUCUCUCACAAUGGUCUAUUAUUGUGAUGGAUAGAUACAUUUCUUAUAAUGUUUUUUGCCUUAAGAUAGAACAGCAGAGUUGAUGGUUGUGAGGGAUGGGUUUUUCUCCAAAGUCACUGUUAAAAGUGCAGUUAAAAAUCAUUAACGUAGCAUCAAAUGAAUGAGGACUAUUUUGAUGGCCAUGUUCCUUUAUCCUAAGAGACCAGAACUCAGAUUUCCAGCUCUACACAACCAUGUGCAUUUCCUGUAUACUCAUCUGAGGGCAUCAGCUCACUGCCGGAUAACAGUUUCAUCAAGAUUUCCAAUUCCACUUGGUGUGUCACUAAACCUGGGUUUGCAAACAUUUCUGAUUGCCUACAAAUCAGACAUUUGUAUCCAAUGCUCAGACAAGCACGGCAGAAGACAGACCAGUUUACACUAAUUUCUCCCCAAGAAGGAGAAAUUAGCCAAGGAGUUUUUAACUCAGCUGUUUAACGUAAUGAAUAAAGAGAAUAAACAA